AUGCACGAGUCUGUGGCAGAGCUAAAGCCAUAUACAGUGUUGGUAAAACUACGCUUUGCUAAGAAAGUUUAUAAUUCCGAGCAAGACAAAUAUCAGUGCCGUGCCGGGGUUUAUGUUUCUCAGAAGCCAAGAGUGAAAAAUCUUUUGAAAGACAUAACAAGACAAGUCGGAGUAGAGGAGAAGAACUGGGAGAACAAUGCAGAGAUAGAGGCCAACCUAUUUGGGUUCCUUAGACAAAACAAGUACCUGAUUGUUAUUGAUGACAUAUGGGAUAAUAAAACUUGGAAUGAAUUGAGGAAUAGCAUACCGGGUAAUUGUACAAAUGGUAGUGCAUUAAUCAUUACUUCUCGCCAUAAAGAAGUUGACAUCUAUGCAGGUGGAGUUGAUGGCCUGCCACUCAAAAUCAUCACAAUGGCUGGUCUCCUAUCAACAAAAGAGAGGAUAGAACAUGCAUGGAAAUCAAGUGAACUGAUAAACAUAUGGGUAGCCAAGGGCUUCAUACAAGCCCAAGAAAACGAUACCCUUAAAGAUGUAGCAGAGGAUUACCUAACUGAGCUAAUUGGUAGGUACUUGGUUCAAAUUGAUAAAAGAAGAUUUGAUGGAAGAAUUAGAAGCUGCCGCAUCCACAAUGUUCUUCUCAGCCUUUGUGUUUCAACUGCCAAGAAAAACAACUUUUUCAGUACUAGUCAAGGUGAUGAUUCUGUUUUAGACACCAGAGUUUGUGGAGUUGCCAUUCAGCGUGGUAGUAUCUGUGAGUACAUUUCUCAAAACCAGCAACUCAAGCUCUGUGCUCUGCUAUGCUUCAACAGAGAAAAAGAGAACUUGGAAAGGCCGCACUUGGAACAUAUUGAUAAGGGGUUUGAAUUUCUUCGGGUGCUCCGCUUGAGAGAUUGGUGUUUCCACAGUUUUCCAGAUGCAAUAGGCAAUCUCAUCCAUUUGAGGUACCUGCAGUUGAAGGCAUCAAGCCUAAGAAGCCUUCUGUCCACCAUCAGGUAUCUGAGAAUCCUACAGGCCUUGGAUGUCAAGGAAUGUGAGAAUCUCAACGUACCUACAGCUAUUUGGAAUAUGCAACAACUAAGACACAUUCUCUAA